CAUUACAGCGCGCCUCGGCCGCGCCUCCACCGCAGCCCGGCGGCGGCAGCGGGCCGGGCCGCGCCACGGGGCCCGCCUGAGCGGCGCGGCGGCGGCGGCCGCCCCUGGGCCGGGUAUGGGCGGCACGAAGGAGGCGGCGCGGCGGCGGCGGUGGCGGUGGCGGUGCGGGCGCUGAGGCGGGCGGCGGCAGCAUGGAGGCCAUCUGGCUCUACCAGUUCCGCCUGAUCGUCAUCGGCGACUCCACCGUGGGCAAGUCCUGCCUCAUCCGUCGCUUCACCGAGGGGCGCUUCGCCCAGAUCUCCGACCCCACGGUGGGCGUGGAUUUCUUCUCCAGGCUGGUGGAGAUCGAGCCGGGCAAGAGGAUCAAGCUGCAGAUCUGGGACACGGCCGGCCAGGAGCGGUUCCGGUCCAUCACCAGAGCCUACUACAGGAACUCGGUUGGUGGACUCCUCCUCUUUGACAUUACAAACCGCAGGUCCUUCCAGAACGUCCAUGAGUGGCUAGAAGAGACCAAGGUGCACGUCCAGCCCUACCAGAUCGUCUUUGUUUUGGUAGGUCACAAGUGUGACCUUGACACGCAGCGGCAGGUCACCAGGCACGAGGCUGAGAAACUGGCUGCUGCUUAUGGUAUGAAGUACAUUGAGACCUCUGCUCGGGAUGCCAUUAACGUGGAGAAGGCCUUCACUGAUCUGACUCGAGAUAUAUACGAGCUUGUUAAAAGGGGGGAAAUUUCAAUCCAGGAGGGAUGGGAAGGGGUAAAGAGCGGGUUUGUCCCAAACGUAGUGCACUCUUCAGAAGAAGUGGUGAAAUCAGAUAGGCGGUGCUUGUGCUGAGCUCUUCUAGCGAGAAAAGUGGUGAUGAACUCUACUAACCAAAUGUACUUUACUAAGUGAACUCAGUGUGACAGAAGGGAGAGCGACACUCCUGUUGUGAACAGCCUCCCACCUUGUUUUGGACGCGAGGACAGCCCCAGGAAAGCGAUGUUCUGUUCCAUCUGACCUUUCAGAACUGGGGGGGUUACAAACCUAACGGCGAGUGAGCGAGGGUGCAUGCAGACGUUGUAAGGAGACAGGCAGCGGAAAUGAGGGGCGGCAGCAGGGUACAGAGAGUACAUAAGCAGCUCUGAAUGGGCUGGCACAUGCCAGGGUACUGUACAUGUCCUGUUUUAAGUAACUCUAUAGCUCUGUGCCGGGUAUCGAAGCCACAGUACAGCUAGUGUAGUAGUCUGACAAACUGGCAGACAGAGAGAAAGAAAGAGGACAGCUUAGUUUGUGUCAGCUGCUUAUUACCAGAAAGGUGUAAAGGCAGCACGGGUACCAUUUCCUCAUAAGGCCAAUGCCACAGGAAAAGUUUACUGACAUAGUAUGCACACUUUUUUUUUUUCUUUUUUUUUUUCCUUACGUUCUUGAACACAGGUCAGUAGCAAAGCCUAUUCUGUGGAAUUUCAAGAGGAAAAUAGUUAUUUUAUUGGUAAUGAAAAGUCAAAGGACCUCUCCAGUAGUGCUUUUCUUGCUGUGCUGAACUGGGAUUGCAAGUGGCAAUGCCUGCUCCAGUAGUAAUUAUUCAGUGCAUUCUAAAAAUAUUUAUUGCCUAGGUGUGUACCCUGAACGUACCCCGAGUUCAGGGCUUUCCAAUAGCGUUACGUGGUCAGGAGCAUAAAGAGAGACCCAUGUGCUCAUAUGCUGGGUUUUAAGGCUGGAAUGUUGUGUCCAGGUGGGGCACGCCAACAUUUCUGUCUUGCCAACAGCACUGUGCUGACAUUUUGGGUGUCUUGCCAGCCAAGGCCAAUAGGAGGAAUGGAAAGGGCGGGGGGGGAGGGAACAAACAAACUUGAAAAGCUUAACUCAGGUGUAUCAGACAUCCUCAAAGGUGAGAUUUGCUUUUAUAGAAGUUAAAUAGUGUGGAAAGCAACAGCUUCCAUCGCUACUUUCUGCUGUUAAAGGGUCAUUUUCUUUCUUGGCAUCUGUGGACGAAGAGAACUAGCCCGGGGAAGGAGGAGCACAGAACAGAAGUGUGCGAGCAGGUGAAAAGGAAAGCCACAAGACAAGCGCAAGAGUAAAAUCUGUUUUCCUCCAUGUUUUAAUUUGACAAAAGAGGAUCCAUCUCAGGUUGGUCAUGGUAGAUGAUAGCUGUUGUUACAAAAGCUCUGUGUAGGUGGCUGUUUUCUGGGAAUGCUGUUCCGCACUUGAGCUUUGCUUCUUCUAAGUUUUAACCAGUUUUUGAAAUGCAGCAGGGUAACCAGGCCCCUGUAGCAAAGUUCAAUCUAUUAAAAACAAACAAAAUGAUAGUGACUUUUUUACUUAAGUGUGAAAGCUUUACACACCAAACUACUAAUGGGUGGGAGGGAUUAGGUGAAACCACAGGAAGCAUCUAGUGUUUGAUUUUAGGCCUCUAAGUAGAAAAUAAAAUAAUAGUCACAGAUUUUUAAGCUACCCCCAUCAAUGAAAGUGGGGGUGUUGAUUGCUGUUGAGUUCAGAUUAUGUCUCCCUUGAACCUGUUCCAGUUUGCAGCACUUGAGCAGGUCUGUAUGAGUAAUAAUUUAAAAAAAAAGGUUUCCAUAUUUAAGCUGAAAAACAAACAAACCAACCACCCUGAAAAUUAAUUUUUUUUUUUGAAUGUUCUCAUAGAAUUUCAGUUCCUGGAACCUGCUGGGAGGGCACCGGUCGCAAAUGAGACUGAGGGAGGGGUGGCGAUGGUCUAGCACCUUUCAGUAAGCUUGUCACUGCUGAGGCCCCCUGCUUAGUCUUGAAAAGGCUACAAAUACAUUGAAAACCUCAUACUAAGGCCCACUGAAUUCCAGGCAGGUUCAGUGCUGGUCAAGUUGAGUGCCCUGAAGAUAGAAAAAAAAAAUCUCUCUUUACAAAAUCUCUUUCUAGGUAAGCAAAGCUGGAGAAGAUUGAUGCAGAGCACCACAGGAGCGUGGUUACCAUGGGCUCUCUACCUUCAGCUUCUGCUGACACCAGUGGAGAGCGCAAGGUUUGCUCAGACCGGGACGGUUAGUCCUGUUUUCACAAAGGCAAGGACAAACACAUACGAAAGGGUCAGUUCUUUCAUUCUCUUCUUUCAAGGUCUGGCUAUUCACAAGGUGUGUCCUGGGUUGCCUAGCUGAGGGCAGCAGCUGUCCUAAAGGGCAGAGCUUGACUGCUACAUUAAAGGCAGUUAAAACUUGGAUCAAGCAGAGUUUUAGCAAUAGUAAAAUCCUGUAAGCCUCUGUCCAGGAACCUGGCCAGCAGGGACAAGAUCACUUUUCACAAGGCGACCAAUAUUUUAUUUAAUGGGUUUGGACAUUCCCCUUCUCCCUCUCAGGGCCUUUCUGCUCCCAGAGAGAAAUUCCAGAAAACCUAAAUAAGUAAGUACCUUCAGAUCUUCAGAGUAAAUACUCAAUUUAAAAAUACAAGUAUCAUAAUUCUGACAAGGAACAGUACGGAAGGAAAUGUAUGCAGUCUUAACUACUUAGAGGUAAUAAGUGGUUAUAUUAAAUGAUAGAGAAAUCAUUAUAUACAUCUUUUUCUAAUUCCUUGUAUUUUCUAGACAGCUUAUUAAAAUAUAGGAGAUGUAGAUUCAUCUGUACAAAAUUUGGAAUGUUUUUUCUAAGAUGAACUUACAGGCUAUGCUAAGAAUUCUUUUCUAACAACUGGUUUUAAUGCUUUGACUUCUAGUACAAGAGGGAUUUAGAGAAACCAGAAGGUCAUACCUUUCACAGGAUAAAUGUCAGGAGCUCUUUUACUCUAGGACAAAAAUUUCAAAAAAAGAAAAAAAAAAAAAAAGAAAAAGCUAACUUUGUGGUCUCUACCACACGUUAAAAACAAUCUGCAUGUUAGAUUGAAAUUGCUCUGAACCUCCAGAAUAAAAGCAUACUAUACACUUUCCUCGCUUUCUGUUAUGCACUGUAACGAAAUGUGAAAAUAAUGCUGUAUUUAGCUGUCUGUAUGUGACUGGAAAUAUGCUUGUAUUUAGCAAAAUGGUUACUGUGAUAAUGUGAAUUCAAAACUUGUGAA